GAGAGAGCGGCCGAGCAAGAGAACCAGAUUGAGAGAUAAGUGUGUGUGUGUUUGAGUGUGUGUGUGUGUGUGUGUGUGUGUGAGUGAGUGUGUUGAGUCAAUCAGUUUCCGAAAAAGGGCGUCCUCCUCCUGAUUUCUCUCAUGUUUGUCUCCCCGGAGGAAGGGGCGGUCUCAGCGCCACAGCAGAUCCGGAAUCAGUAGGUGUUCGCUCGGCUCUUUUCGGCUCGGUCGCUCGGUCGGUCGGUCGGUCGCUGGGUCUCCGCUGGCGGUUCGGUUCCUACACAGAGAGGGUUUACAGGAAGCAGAAUCGGGAGUAGCUAAAAAAAAACAAAAAACGGUCACAAGUAAGAUAAAAAAUUAAAGAAGAGAGGUGAAGCCGGGUUGACUGAAAGUGUCGACCGAGGGAGGGGGGAAGACAAACCCGGAGCAGAAAAGAGGAAUAAAAGUAGAGGCACAAGAAGAGACAAGAUGCCUCUGGCUCAGUUGGCGGAUCCCUGGCAGAAGAUGCCCCUGGGGGGGACUGCUGGAGAGGAUGCGCAUCACGACCCCGAGGACUUGGUGGGCGAUGACGACUCCAUGCCUCUGUGCACCGAUGACGUGCCAAUCAAGGAGAUCAACAUCACGAACCACGUGAAGGAGGGAUCAGAGAAAGCUGACCCACGACAGUUCGAGCUCCGCAAAGUCCUGGGACAGGGCUCCUUCGGCAAGGUGUUUCUGGUGAGGAAGAUCACAGGUCCAGAUGCGGGUCAGCUUUACGCCAUGAAGGUCCUGAAGAAAGCAACAUUGAAAGUGCGUGACAGAGUCAGGACAAAGAUGGAGAGAGACAUCCUGGUGGAGGUCAACCAUCCCUUCAUAGUCAAACUGCACUAUGCCUUUCAGACGGAGGGAAAGCUCUACCUAAUCCUGGACUUCCUCAGAGGAGGAGAUCUGUUCACUCGUCUCUCCAAGGAGGUGAUGUUCACAGAGGAAGACGUGAAGUUUUACCUGGCAGAACUUGCUCUCGCCCUUGAUCACCUUCACAGCCUGGGCAUCAUUUACAGAGACCUCAAGCCAGAGAACAUCCUGCUCGAUGAGGAAGGACACAUCAAGCUGACUGACUUUGGCCUCAGUAAGGAGUCAAUAGACCACGAGAAUAAGGCAUACUCCUUCUGUGGGACGGUGGAGUACAUGGCUCCUGAGGUGGUGAACAGAAGAGGACACACGCACAGCGCCGACUGGUGGUCAUACGGGGUACUCAUGUUCGAGAUGCUGACGGGAACGCUGCCGUUUCAAGGCAAAGACCGGAAAGAGACGAUGACCAUGAUCCUCAAGGCGAAGUUGGGAAUGCCUCAGUUUUUAAGUUCAGAAGCUCAGAGUCUCCUCAGGAACCUUUUCAAACGCAACCCUGCUAACAGAUUAGGAGCCGGACCAGACGGUGUGGAGGAGAUCAAGAGGCAUCACUUCUUCAGCACCAUCGACUGGAAUAAACUGUUCCGCAGAGAGAUCCCCCCUCCCUUCAAACCGGCUGCAGGACGACCUGACGACACUCUCUAUUUUGAUCCAGAGUUCACAGCUAAAACACCCAGAGACUCUCCGGGGGUUCCUCCCAGUGCCAACGCCCAUCAGCUGUUCAGAGGAUUCAGCUUUGUGGCGAUAACAGAGGAGGACAUACAACCACUACCCAAUGCUAUUGUACAGCAGCUGCACAGAAGCACAUCCCAGUUCUCAGACGCCUACGAGAUCAAAGAGGACAUCGGCGUCGGGUCGUACUCGAUCUGUAAACGUGGCGUACACAAAGGAACCGGCAUGGAGUACGCUGUCAAGAUCAUCAAUAAGUCCAAGAGAGACCCGACGGAGGAGGUGGAGAUCCUGCUGCGAUACGGACAACAUCCCAACAUCAUCACCCUCAAAGAUGUGUACGAUGACGGCCGGUCUGUGUUUCUGGUGACGGAGCUGAUGAAAGGAGGAGAGCUGCUGGAUAAAAUCCUGCGGCAGAAGUUUUUCUCUGAGAGAGAAGCCAGCGCUGUUCUCUACACCAUCACCAAGACGCUGGAGUACCUGCACGUUCAGGGGGUGGUGCACAGAGACCUGAAGCCGAGCAACAUCCUCUAUGUGGACGAGAGCGGGAACGCCGAGUCCAUCAGGAUCUGCGACUUUGGUUUCGCCAAACAGCUGAGAGCAGAGAACGGUCUGCUCAUGACGCCGUGUUACACCGCCAACUUCGUCGCCCCUGAGGUGUUGAAGAAGCAGGGUUAUGAUGCCGCCUGUGACAUCUGGAGUCUGGGAGUCCUGCUCUACACCAUGCUAACAGGGUUCACUCCCUUCGCUAACGGUCCAGAGGACACUCCAGAGGAGAUUCUGGCUCGAAUCGGCAGCGGGAAGUUUUCGCUCACCGGAGGAUACUGGAACUCUGUGUCUGCUGAGGCCAAGGAUCUGGUGUCCAAGAUGCUGCAUGUGGACCCUCACCGGCGGCUGACGGCGGGUCAGGUCCUGAGACACCCCUGGGUGACGCACAGAGACCAGCUGCCCAAAUACACCCUCAACCGACACGACGAGCCGAACCUCGUCAAGGUCAAGGGGGCGAUGGCAGCCACCUACUCGGCCCUCAACAGAAACGUCCCUCCAGUCCUGGAGCCGGUCGGCUGCUCCACACUCGCCCAGCGCAGGGGGAUGAAAAAGAUCACCUCCACCGCUCUGUGACUUUUGAACCCUGCCUCCCUUACCUCCUCGUCUUAACUCUUGACCUCGACCUGACCACCUCCUGACCCCACUCCUCCUCCUCUCCUCUCCCGUCCGGUGGGACAGACUACUGAUGAACCCAGGAACCGCUUACGCCAAAUAGGAACACAGAGACCACCUCCGCCCCUGCUCCCUGUCUGGUCCUGCACCUUAACGGACUCCUCUGAUUGGAUCUCGUGGUUGAAGACCUGUCGUUUAGGUCUCAUCUUUGCUUUGGACAAUCAGCGCGUCAGGAAAAAGAAAGUACUGUAUUUAUUCACUCCAAACGGGGCCAGUGUGAACAUAGGAACACGGUUAUCUAAUGUAUGCAUUUAAAGAGCUAGGAUCAUCGUUAUUCUGCUGUCGUCAUGGUUCUGCGUAGCUGUAGAUCCUGUAUUUAAACCUCAAGUAGCCUCUGAGAUGACGGUGUCUACUGAGAAGGACAGAAGGCGAGAAUCAACGGGGGCUCAAAGAUUUAACUGCAGAGAUAAAAACAAGACUGCGGAAAGAUUACAAAGCAUUUACUCACCUUACAGCUCAGACUCGAUGUUUUUCAUGGUGAAGAAAAGUCUCAGGAGCCUGAGUUUUUCUAUAUCUAACACCUCCUGUAUUCAGCAUUUUACCUUGAAUCUGCAAAAGAACGAAAAAGCAAUUUGUCCAUCUCAGCCUGAAGAUGACUUCAUUCUCAAAGUCCAACAGUUUGCUGAUAAAUCAAGCAGUGUGUUUCAGAAACUCAACUGAAUUUAGGGAAUGAAACGAAGCUUCCUCCCCUCAGGUUGUAGAUAAACGUACAAGACAGGAGUCAGCUAUUUGUAAUUAUCUUUUUGUCGACGUCCUGUGAAAAAAAAAAACCCAUAAUAACUGUUUCUCUCAACUGGAAACACGUCAGAUCCCACUGAAAUCAGCUGAAACACCAAACCAGUAUAUAACAGAGUUAUUAGAGAGGAUAGUUUUUAUCAAAUGAACAAAGAGAAAGGGACUAUUUUCAGGUGCAGAUUAAUCCUCAUUAGGUGCUCAAUUUGAAUGAAUUAUCUUAUAUAUAUAAAGCCUGAUAUUCAUGAUCUCUUUAAGUUUAUGUUUCUUAUCAGGGAAAAGAUACUUUAGGUUUUUUCUUUCCUUUGUUUUUAAAUUGGUCACAUUUCAAUACAAGAAGUAAACCUAUGAGACGAUAGAAGACAAACGGAGGGAGACAAAAAACGACCACAUAGGUUAGAAAAAAUCGGAUAAUUUUCGGUCUUUUUAAAGGGAUUUGUUGACACCAAGAAGAAUAUAGAAUAUCACUCGAUUUAACACGACUUUUAGCUGCGUUACUUCCUCGUCAUUAUACACAAAUGUUUCAUAUAAAUGUCAAAAUGCAGGUUUUCAAGUUAGCACUUUUCUUCAGGUCAGAAAACUGGAAUAAGUACUGUAGCUAGAGAUUAGACGCCGCGAAAGUCAACUUUGCAAUGUGUGGCGCCCUCUGGUGGUGAUAAGAGAGCUAACCUUUCAACAUUUAAAGCACAAAACAAUGCGAAGAAAGGGCUGUCAGAGGCAGCCAUAUUCAGUUUUUUUUGGAAUAAUAAUUAAACAAAGAAGAUGACUUUUAUAUGCUGGUCUUUUACUUGUAAGAAAGUAUGCAUACUUAUUUUUAUUUUUAUUAUUUUUAUUUAAAGAUCUGACUGAGAAAGAAACGAGUGAAUCACAUUUUAGUCUGUAAAUAUUGUUUUACUUCUAAUCUGUUCAUUUUACCUUCAGUUCCCCAAAGAGCAUUUAACAUGUGAGCUGAAAAUAAUUAUUGCAUAAAACAGGAAUUAAUAGAAUUAAAGUAAGCCAACAGUUUCACGAGUGUAGAAACACUCUGGAGGAAGUCCUGCAUACAAUCAACAAACCGAAAGAUUUCUAAGAAGCUAAGACAAUUAAAAAUGAUACGAGAGUGUAAAAGAAGCCUAAAAUGUACUAAGAUAAAUACAAACAAAUACGAACACUGAACAGCACAUAGAAGAUUUAGAUAUUCUACUGUUAAUUGUGUCAUUUCAUGUGCAAUUACCCAUACCAAAGUCAAAUCAAUCAUCUAAAUAAAGUACCAAAAGUUCAUGUGCUCAUCAUGCAAAACAGCCCCACAGAUAUAUUCUGAUAAUCUCCUGAUGAAUGUAGAGGAGGUGAAGUAACAGAAAAUACAUUUUCAAAAAGUACUUUAAAUACAUCUUCAGAAGCUUAGAAUAUGUUUGCAUUUUCAUUUCCUUCCUUGUGCAGCUUUAAGACUUGUCACUUAACUUCCAUGAAAAAUCUGCUGAGGGGCUCGUUUUCCUGAAGGCAUUUAUCUCUCCCGUUGAGGAGUCACACAUCCUUCGUUGUCUCUUAGGAAUCUGUAUUUUUACAAAUAUGACCUAACAGACUGCUUGGGGACAAACUGUUGGACUUUUCUAAGAAAGAAAAAAGGAGUUGAAAAAAGAUCUUCCUUCACACACAAACAGUCUCGUUUUUAAAAAACAUCAGCCUCUGACCUUCCUCUGUACGAGCCGAAUGAUGGUCUCUGCGUGAGCAGCAGACUGGAGCUGACCUGUAAAUAUAUAAACGGAAAUGUACGAGCAAAAAAAAAAACAAACUCAGGUUUCUAUGAAUCAAGACAAUGCAUUUUUCUAUGUGGAGCUGUGGAGAGGGAUGAAUAAGCACACAGGCGUGAGUGAUGGGAGGAGAGCAUUUAUCAGAAGAGUUUUAUUCCAAAUGUAGUCGUCCACGCUCUUUCAGUCACUCGUUUUGUCUUCCGGAAACGUCUUCUUCUCACUCAACCAUCUGUAAUGUGUUCAUGUUGGUCACAAAACGUCUUCUGUCAGCAAAACCCUUUAAAAGAAACUCAAAUGUGUAGCAGAAAAAAACAAUGUUUAAACAUUCCAGCUGCAUUCAGGCUCUUAAACGUGUAAAGUGUUGACGCCAUGUUGGAGGAUCAUCAGAGGAGAGAUUAAAGCUCACCCAAACACAGAUUGGACUAUGAACAGAGACUUAUUGUAAAUGACUGGGGAUAACUUACUGUCUUUAGUCUUGAUUUUAAAGUAAAAGUACAGAAGUAUUUCCCCCCUAAAUGUCCUUUUUUUAUGAUUAUUAUCUAACCUUCACUGAACCUGGUUUGAAGUGUCAGUGAGUUCCAAUGUGCAGCAUCCAAGUUACACAGAUGGAAAAACAUAACAUCUCAUCGUUUACAACAAAAAACAAAUUCACAAACACAAGUUAUCAAAAUCGCGGUGGUCUCAAUAAUAGAAACAUUUGUCCACUUAAUGUGCAUUUUAAUUUUGAUCAUGCAAUUAUUUACAAUACAAUGAUUUUGCUUAAAGGAUAUUAAAAAUCUUGGAAGGGGAAAUGUUUCCGAUAAACACUCUGAAAACGUUAGAAUCAGCUGGGUUACGUUUGUUGUUAUUUAAAGGAAACUCUUGUUUUGAAAAGUAGCUCCAGCUGACAGGAAAAAGUACGGUCAUUAACUUCUUAUGAAACUGUAUUUAUUCAACACGUAUCGCUCCUUUUUAUCAUCUCAUAGUGCUGUACGAAACUACACAUAUAGCCAUUAGUACACAAAUCAAACUAACUUUCCAACUCUACUAAGCCUUCAUUUAGAAUUCAGAACUAACUUGUAUGUGAGUAUCUUUAGCCUGUGUUCGUUUACUGUAUGACCUACAAACAGAAGAAAGCAGAUUUACACUCUGCAGUUUAUUAGAAAAUAACGCACCUGUAAAAUGAUCUGUAAAGUUUAAUUUAAUUAUUUGAGUGGUUUUGGAUGAGCUGGCAGAUGUGACCUCCAACAUGGCUCCUAAUGGAUAUUUGAAUCUGAUUAGCUCUGUCUGUAUUCAGCUGUCCUCCUGUACCUGUGUGCCUCCUCUCAGCUUUUGGGGGUUUCAACUUUAUCGACGAGCGGACUGAAGACAAUCAGCGAGCACUGAAACAGAACUUCAUCCCGUCAACUCUCUGUGUGUGAACGAUUCAAAACAGCUUCCUCACCUGAACGUGCAUCAACACAAAGGGAUAACUGCUCUGAGACUUAAGUUAGAGAUUUUCUUUGUUUUAUAUGAAUAUGAAAUAUAUAAAUGUUGAUUUCUUUUUUUUUUUUGCCUCAAUUUUGGAUGUACAGCUCUGGGAUAAAGGAAUGUAAAAGAUUUUUUCUGUAAUUAUGAACAGGGGAAUAGCUUUCUUCUUCUCUCUCUCUCUCUCUCCUCUUCCUCUUCUCUCUGAUCCUGUCAGAUGUAUUCAGCCCUGCUGCUACACCAGCUCUCUGUUUUUGUACCUGCAGUGAGAGUUGGUCUUUCUAUUAAAAGUAAUAAAAAGGAUAAUCAGCGAA